AUGGAUCUGGCCCACAUCAAAAAACAACGCUGGUCCUCAAGAAUCACCUACGACGCCGGCAGUGUGAUCACCUACAACCUCGCCAUUGGCGCCGACGGCAAAGACCUCGGACGAUGCUGGGAAGAGCACCCAAAAUUCCAUGCGCUACCGACAUUCACGUCGCUCGCGGUGGUCAACAUGAUGGGGAAAGUGACACGGGACAUGCCGUCUCUCCUCCCGACGUAUAAGCCGUUGGAGCAUCCGCAUGUUCAUGCUGAACAUUAUCUCGAGAUCAAGGAGGCGCUGCCUACUUCGGGGACGCUACUUUCGGAGGCGCGGAUUGUGGAUGUUGUUGAUCGGCGUUCGGGCGUCGCCGUGAUUGUUGCGAUAUCGACCAAGCAUGCUGCGACUGGGAGGGAAGUGUGCUAUAAUGAGUGGACAUCGUUUUUCAUCAAGAUGCCGGGCGACGGGGCGUCAAACGCAUCGUCCAUGAAUACGCGACCACCGACAAAGCUACCAGACCGGAAACCGGAUCUUACUGUCGAUCAUCGGACAACAAGCGAGCAAGGCGCACUCUACCGCGCAGCGACAGGCGAAUGGAAUCCCAUGCACAUUGAUCCAGAUCACGGAAAGCGAGCUGGAUUCCCCGGCCCUAUCCUAUCCGGGACCUGUACGAUUGGUGUGGGCGUGAGGCAUGUCAUUGAUUCUUUUGCCGCGGGCGAUUCCUCGCGGUUCAAGAGCGUCAGGUUGCGAUUGAGUAAGCCCGUAUUUCCCGGGGAAGUCAUCCAGACGCAGAUGUGGAGGGAGGAUGAUGGGCGGAUUGUCUACCAGCAGGUAGCUCCUGAUGGGAGGGUCGUCAUCUCGCAGGCUGAGAUUCGAUUGAAAUCAGAAUCAACUCAAAGCCAGCUGUAG